AUGGCUUUCCUGGAGGAUGGGAACCACACUGCAGUGACAGAGUUCAUUUUAUUGGGAUUAACAGAUGACCCAGUCCUUAAAGUCAUCCUCUUCACAAUCAUUCUGUGCAUCUACCUGGUGACUGUGUCUGGGAACCUCAGCACCAUCCUUCUCAUCAGAGUCUCCUCCCAGCUCCAUCACCCCAUGUACUUCUUUCUCAGUCACUUGGCUUCUGUUGACAUAGGUUACUCAUCUUCUGUCACGCCUAAUAUGCUUGUCAAUUUCCUUGUGGAGAGAAGCACAAUCUCCUACCUUGGAUGUACCAUCCAGCUUGGAUCGGGUGCUUUUUUUGGGACACUUGAGUGCUUUCUUCUGGCCACCAUGGCUUAUGAUCGCUUUAUAGCAAUCUGCAACCCACUGCUCUAUUCAACCAAAAUGUCCACACAAGUCUGUAUCCAGUUGCUUGUAGGAUCUUAUAUUGGUGGCUUUCUUAAUGCUUCCUCCUUUCUUCUUUCCUUCUUUCCUCUUCUCUUCUGUGGACCAAAUAGAGUCAAUCACUUUUUCUGUGAUUUGGCUCCUUUGAUAGAGCUCUCCUGUUCAGGUGGCAAUGUCCCCAUAGUUCCUGCCUCAUUUUGUUCUGCCUUUGUCAUUAUAGUCACAGUGUUUGUCAUAGCUGUCUCCUACACCUACAUCCUCAUCACCAUCCUGAAGAUGCGCUCUACUGAGGGCCGCCAGAAAGCCUUCUCCACCUGCACUUCCCACCUCACUGCAGUCACUCUGUUCUAUGGAACCAUUACCUUCAUUUAUGCAAUGCCUAAGUCUAGUUACUCCACAGACCAGAACAAGGUAGUGUCUGUGUUCUACAUGGUGGUGAUCCCCAUGUUGAACCCCCUCAUCUACAGUCUCAGGAAUAAUGAGAUUAAGGGUGCUCUGAAGAGACAGCUUGGUAAAAAAAUAUUCUCUUAG